UACCAUACAUAAGGGCUCGCUGGGCUUCACCGCCCUCUUGUUUUCAGUCUCGCUUUUCCGUUCUUGUAGUCUACUGACUUUGAAUCGGACAUGUCUGGCCGCGGUAAGCAGGGCGGCAAGGCGCGUGCCAAGGCCAAGUCGCGCUCGUCGCGCGCGGGGCUGCAGUUCCCUGUGGGCCGCGUGCACCGGUUGCUCCGCAAGGGCAACUAUUCCGAGCGCGUGGGCGCGGGCGCCCCGGUCUAUCUGGCCGCGGUGCUGGAGUACCUGACCGCCGAGAUCCUGGAGCUGGCUGGCAACGCGGCGCGCGAUAACAAGAAGACGCGCAUCAUCCCGCGCCACCUGCAGCUGGCCAUCCGCAACGACGAGGAGCUCAACAAGCUGCUGGGCCGCGUGACCAUCGCGCAGGGCGGUGUCCUCCCCAACAUCCAGGCCGUGCUGCUGCCCAAGAAGACGGAGAGCCACCACAAGGCCAAGGGCAAGUGAGGCCGCCCGCCGCCCCCCGGGACCCUUUGAUGGACACUAAAGGCUCUUUUCAGAGCCACCCAUCGUUUCGUGAAAAGAGCCGCACUGAGCCUGCAGUUCUUAUAGGCCGGAGGCCUGGUCACCUUCGGCUCAAGAAUGAGCGAGUUGGCCAUGGGGAAAGGCGCAACCGAGACCCUGGGGACUGAUUGGGCUGCAUACUCUGGAGGUGGGCAACGUGUUCCGUUAACGGCAGGAAACCCUUGCCCACAGGUGGCCACCCCUUGCUCUUCAGUCCCACCCAAAACCUAGUGGGGUUUUAAUACGCUCACCAUAGAGGUGUCUUCAUAAUUACUAGGGACAAGUUCUCUUGUCUCCGGCAAAGAUCCCGUGUGGUUGUCCAAUACAGAAUGCAUUUUCUUAUUGAUUUAUCUGAUAUUAAAAGUUACUUAUAAUCU